AAGGUCAGUGUCACAGGGGGUACAAGGUCAGUGUCACAGGGGAUACAGGGUUAGUGGCACAGGUGGUACAAGGUCAGUGUUCAUUCUAAAGGUCAUUCAAGGUCAUUCUAAAGGAUUUAGAAUACUGUGUGUGAAAAAGACAUGGGCAAUUUAUUAACUUGGCCCUGUAACAGUAAACCUUUAUAACUUGGGUCCGUGAAAUAAAUGCUGACAACCAGCAGAUUUACCUUUAAUCCACUGGCUUCAUUUUUAGACAGGCAUGCCUUGCUAAUGAAAUGCAAACCAAACAAAGGAAUCUUCAGAGUGAAUCAAGAAUUCAACAUCACAUUGAGUUUGCAAAUCUGUUUGACUUGUUUCUCAACUUUCCCACACCAAUUAUAUAAUAAAUAUUUAUUAGCAUUGACUUAGUUGAAGAGUUAUUUACCUAUUGCGAAACUGGGAACUAAGUUAAAUAAUACCAUUUUGUUUCAGUUCCUGCCCUGUCCCUAUGAUCUCUAAGGCCUGGGUAUAAAAUCCAUCUGCAGAGCUGAUCAUCAGCGGAAUAUUCCCAGCAGACAUGAAGGUGAUGGUGAUAUCUCUCUCCCUUCUCAUGGGGGCAGUCGUGUUCCCAGCAGUGACCGCAGACAAACCUGGAUACUGCCCAGGCUUGACUAAUUUAUGCACAUUGGGAGGCCCAUCUUUAAAUGAAUGUGAGACGGAUCAGGACUGUGAAGGGGAAAAGAAGUGUUGCAAACAAUGCUGGAAAAAGUGUGGUGACCCUCUUAUAUCAGAUGAAUGUCCACUCUAUUUUUUUCAAUUUUGUCCGAACAGUUUAAAUUUAGGUGACUGCCUUGAAAAUCAGGACUGUCCUGGAGAACAGUGGUGCUGUGAUCAAUGUGGGAGGAAGUGUGUUGACCCAUCCAUUACAGCAUUUGAAUUGUUGGCAUAAGAAGCCAUUGAAGACAUUCGUGAAGAGAUGAGAUCAGAAUCAAUCAUUGUGAUCAGCGGAACGUCACCCCACACACAGGAAUUAUCUUUGAAUAAAAAAAAUCUUCAAUCCCGA